GCAAUAGGAAUUGUGACGCGUUUAUCUUGCGACGCGUUGGUUGGCUUGGCAACGACUAUAGCGAUAGUUUGGAGAUCUCAAACAAUUAUAAACCCCGCAUUAACUACGAACAAACAAGCGGGUUUUAUUGUUCCCAAGGGUUAUAGCUUUUGUUGGGGGCGUCAGUGAAGAUGAUUCGGUCGUCCCUGAAUUCUCUGGGCGCUAAAGUUGUUGUCGCCGCAUCCAGCGAUGAGAAUCACCCUCCAGAAAGCAUCAUUGACGGGUGAGUGUGGACUGUUUGGCUCUAAAAUCUGUGUUUUAUCGCUGGAUUUCAUCCUCUCUAAUCAGUGUUUAGCUUUGGGGGGAAAGUCAGCUCAAAUGGGCCAAAGACGAUUACAGCAUCGUAGCUUUAAAAUGUGAUAGCAGGUCAUAAUAAGUGGUCCUGCAGUGUUGCUUUUGCAUUAGUUGGUAAUGUCAGGAACUUUAAUCAGUUUGAUGUAGCCUUACUUAAGUGAGAGUGGGAAAGUGUUUGAUAACUCAUGAUAGAUAACAUAGAAAUAGAGAGGGUGAAUGAAAUCAAAUUUCUUUGAGUCAUAAUUGACAGCAAAUUAUCCUGGAAGCCACAUAUACAGUGCAAUACAGCAAGUAUGUCCAUGUAGAUUCUCAUUCAUUCAGGUCAUGGUUUUCUUGAAGACUCCAAAAUCAGGCGAAACGUCUUCUCAACUCUACACAGUCCAGUUAUAUUACUGCAAAAAUAGCAAAAUCACUUCCAAUACUACAUAAAGUCAAAUAUCUUCUAAACAAGUCAUCGCUUACACCUUGUACUGUUCACUCAUUCUCCCAUACAUCACCUACUGUGUGGAAGUGUGGGGGAACACGUAAACAAUGUACAAGCUCCAAAAAAGAGCAAUGAAAAUAGUAAAUAAAAGUACCUACAGAGAACCAUCAAACCCACUCUUCAUCAAACUGAAGGCUCUGAAGUUCAAGGAUUUGGUCGACCUCAAAACAAUUCAGAUUAUGUACAAAGCAAACCAGAAUCAGUUACCAACGGGCAUCCAAAAGUUGUUUCAAGUAAGAGAAAACGGACAUAAUCUCAGGGGAAUAUGCAUUUUUAAAAAGCAACAUGUACGUUGCAACACAAAAAUGCACAGUACAUCAGUCAAAGGAGUUAAUCUGUGGAACAGCUGCAGCAAAGACAUGAAAACCUGCAGAUCGCUAAAUUCAAACUUAUUUUUAUAAACCACAAUCUGAGUGGAUAUAAGAGAGAUAAGAGUGAUAGUGAUGUUUUGAUGGGCUCUUUAAAAUGUUUGACAAAUGUUUGAGUAGAGCUGGCAAAGCACACACACUCACACACUUACUCAGAAUACAGAGCCAGCAAUAUGCAGAAACACACCCCUACAACAUGAUCAGUUCAUUAUUAAGCAUUUUCUUUUUUUUUGCUUUAGUUUCUUAACCCUAUAUUACCUUUUGUAUCAUAUUUGAUACUUUUAUAAUACUUCUAUCAAUCAAUAUGAUCAACAAAUUACUAAAAAAAAAAAUCUUAACACAGUCCAAUAAAGGAUAAAAAUGUCCUCUUGUGGUUUAUCAGUUUCCAAACACAUCUGAAGUAUCAAACGAGAUAAAUAAAUAUAUUUGUAAAAUUUUAAGGACAUUUAAUUUUUUUUUAGAUUUCAGUAGUAAGUAGAAUAAACAUUUUAGCUCCAAAAAAAAUUUAAAUUUCUAGCCAUAAUUUGUGUUCUCAGGCAUUAUAGGGUUAAUGUACAGUGUUGUCAGGGGAAAUCAAAGACAGAAAUUACUGUCGGAUGAUUGCAGCUGAAAUUACUGUGAUGUUUUUCAUUAUAUUGGCCCAAUUUAACUGAACUUUGCUAAUCCAGAGGGUACUUGUUGACACUUCAACUUUCAUAAUUCAAAAGAAAUAUAAUUUUUCAAACACGUGAUCAAACAGUCGACGGAUCAAAGACCUUAUGAAACGAAUCCAGAAAGGCUGCUGGCUUUGAUAGAACUUCUGUAUGUAUGAAUAAUGCAGUUUGAUAUUUCUUCUGGCAGAAAUACCAACCAAACCUAUAGCAUAACCCAUUACAUUUUCAUUGAUCGUCUUUCUUAAACAUGUUACAGGCUAAGAGAAUCGUAUAUCAGAUUUUGAUGUGCAGGAAAAAAAAAGACUACUUUAUGAUUUUCUUUUUUUUUUAUUAUUGUUUUAACCUCACCUUGAAUUGUUCUUGACUUUAAAUAAUUCAGAUGGCUCGAUCAAAAUCUCAAAGUACCUUGUGGUAAUAUUUCACUGAGCCAAAAUAUUUUUCUGUCUGGAUUUUUAAAUGUAGUGUUUCUCUUGUGUUGAAGUUAUAAAAUUGCUGUGUUUAGCUAAAUGCAAAAAAAGGACAAUGACAAGAUAUUGGCAUUACACAACUGUCUAUUGGCCUGUCAGCUCUCUUAUUAUCCAUAUUGGAGUCCCAUGACCAUUUAUAAGAACAUCAGAGGAUCUCAUCUCGCUGAUAGCCUCAUAGAUCAUUUACCAAACUGUGGCCCGAUUUAACCGACUUCACCCCUUUAUGUCUGUCUCUCUUGAACAGAGACACUAAAACGUUUUGGAUGACCACCGGGAUGUUUCCCCAAGAGUUCAUUAUUCGCUUUGCUGAUCCGACAAACAUUACUGCAGUGACUCUUGACAGCUACAACGGUAUGUGUAAGCUCUGGGGGCACAAUAUACAACAUUUUCUCACAUUUAAACACAGUUAACAUGUUCAUUGUCAAUAUCAGAUUGUUCUUAGAUAUUAGGGACAGAUCAAAAUAUUCAGCAUGUCAGAAAACCCCCAAAUUAUGUUUCUGGUCUUCAUAUUCAACUACAACUAAUCUUUGCUGUUUCAGUAAAUGGUUCCUUUUUAAAAGCCAUUGGUAUUAAUCUGGUUGUAUUUUUCUCUCUUGCAGUCAAGCAUCUCAAGGUAGAAAAGAAUAUCUCACAAAAGGCAUCUCAGUUUGAGUUUGUUACAGAGAAAGGUAAGGGAGGUAUACCUCAAUAGCAUCUGUUUUUAUACUUUGAAGGUAAAAAACUGACAAAAGGAUUGAAUCAACUCAUUGUCUCAUAGAGUUAGAGCAAACAGAGGGACAUCUGCAGUCGAAUGCUAUACCGGUAAGUCAGAAUAAAUACAUAGUAAGCCAUAGCUAAUGAAUACAUUACAAAAAAGGGGAAAAAAACCUACUUGUAUUUAUUUCUGUUUUUCAGCUCAAUGGAAGCAGCGCAACACACCUUCGUUUUAUCAUCACCUCGGGAUAUGAUCACUUUGUUUCAGUGCACAGGGUCAGUAUACAAAACUGACUCACCUGACAUGAUAUAAACUCUGUUGACAUAUUUAUGUACAGUUUACACAUGUAAGUGCAUGGCAUUAUUUUGUCAUUAAAUGUAAGAUCUCAUUAUAAGCCUACUUAGACAACACAAACAAUGACACGUUCUCCCUAAUGGCAGGCAGCCGUUAUAGUAACUGUGAAUCUGAUUUGCAUUUUCAUGAAUAGCUUAAAGUGAACUAAGUAAUGUUCAGACAAAUUAAAUAUAUCAUCCUAUCAUCCUAACACUAUCAGUGGCAAUAUCAAUAUCCAGGCAUAGCCUGUUUUAAUAUUUGGCCCUGUAUUAAAAAACAAAAACAAAUCUUGAACUCUUUGUUUAUCUCUUUAUCUAUCUAGUCCUUAAUCGAUGUCAUGGAUUCACUAACAGAGCUUUUUUUUAAUCCCACACUGAACCGUUCCUGAUAAUUUCAAAAGCAGAUAGUUGGCCAAGCUUAAGAAUAAAAGAAUUGGAUUGUGAUGAAUGGCAGAAUUUCUUACAAAGCAAGUUUCUCUCUGUGUGAGAGAUAGAGUUAAUUAACUAAUUUUGAGCACUGGAGCUUAAAUUGGCAUCUCCACAGCCUCCUAACCCUCCCCUCAGCAGAAUUUUACAUCCCCAUAGAAAUAGUGAGCUAUAGGCGAUGCAGCUGGGGGUUGGGGAACCAGAUGGUUUCCCGGCCAACCAGUGAGUCUCUAAAGACCGCUAGCCUAUUCACACUAUGUAUUCAAGCCACCUCCUGUACUUGUAGCCUCCACACACACACACACACUUGCAAACUAACUCUGACUCCUAUCUACCUCCACUGCCAUUUCAACCUGUCGGUAGUAAAGGGUUCAGUUGUGAGCUUGGACCCUUUGGGACUCCCUCCCCAAUUACUUUGCUGACUGUGGAGGAGCUAAGGGAUUUGCUGAGGCGGUGUAUGCUGUAUCUUGGACUGCAUUCAGGUCUCCAAAUAAACCAAUAAAACUAUGAAAUACAUGCCUGAAUAAAUAGCCCCCUGAUAUUUUACAGCAACUAAUUGCUUGGGGGUAUAGCCGGGAUACAGCACAUUUGAGUAUGUGAGUGUGUAAUGAGUAAUGAGGCCGAGGUGGAAACUGAUACAGUGUUAUUGACUCAUCAAUUAUUUACUGGUUUGGAAUAUUUAUUAUAAUGUUAGAGGUGAGCAUGUGAAAAUGAAGUGCAAACUCUUAUUUCAUAGUAGAACAGUCAUGUUUUCCCCUACAAUUGCUCAAAUCGUACGUUGUUACUUGUCUUGGCGGGCAACAUUUAGUAGCUUCCCUUUUUUAUAUGUGGAACAGGUUUUUGCAGAAGCGCAGCCCCAUUACUAAUGGAUUCAGGCUCUUUUGUGCUUGACUGUCAGCCGAUCAGGAGAAUCACAGCAGGAUAUGAGUGCGUUAUUAUCAUGUCACUGCAGGGGCAGGGCUAAAUUAUCACCCAGUGUCUUCUGACGGCUGCCUAACUGCUGUCCAAUCACACCCAGACAUCUGCUGGACCAGAACUCUGCAUAUUCAGCUGAGUCUAUACAAAAAGAUUUAUAUGAUAACCUUCCCCAAAAAAAAACAUCUUUGCUACCUCAUGCUAUAAUUGAAAUAGCAGAUUCUCUGAAAAAGAUAAUAUUGAGAGCUAGAAUAGUAAUAGAAAAGCCUCGCCUGCUGUUAGCGCGAAUGAAACGGCUGUGUACUUGCUGCAUAAAGACAACAGAUGAUGAAGAAUAGGUGGUGUUUCUUACAUAGUUAUUUUGAGUAAGAAAUCCCUCACCCGCCCACCCAGCUCUGUUAUUUUCUUUCAUGUCAAACCAAAGACUCUGAGUUUCCGUUAUCUCCUCUGUGUGGUCCUCCUUUCAUGUCAGCGACGGAGCCAUGCGCGUUGACAAUGGGCUUUAAUUUGAUUUCAGUCUUGAUUUGGCCCAAUCAGCUUAGUUUUGACAGAAGCUGAGAGAGAAAGAGCUGCUGCGUGAGGAAGGAAACACUAUAAAGGCUGAUAUUAGAUGAUUAGACCAGAGAGGAAAACAAUCCUCCCAUUAUUGGAGAGUAAGAGGGCCAGAGAAUGAUAAUAAGGGACUGACAAAGUGUGCAGCUGACAGCUUUGAGUUGUAAAUAUGGUAUUCGUAUCAUUUCUAUAUCCAGCAUUUUUCCUAAAGUUAGGCAAUAAACAGUAACAACCGCAUUAGAUAAAACUUUAUAUUCACAAUGGCAGUAUUGUCCAUUGAGGUCUGCUAAACUAAAUACAUUUACUCUGGUACUGUUAACGCAUUAAAACAGGCAUAAAAAAACUAAAAUUAUGCGGGUUAGCUUUUGAAUAUGUUUGAAGUUUGAACACAGAUAGAUAAGCUGGCUUUUGUCCUCUGGCAGGAAAGCGCCUCAGUGAAGUCUGUGGGCUGGAAUAGAUUAAAACUUUUGUUUCAGGAAGCAGUAAACUAAAUACUAAAGGUGCAACAGUGAGCACUGAUGCACAAAGGACAAACCACUGCUGCUUUUUAAAUCAUCAGUGUUGCACCCUUUCCUUGUUUGUUGGUACAUAUCCACUGUUCUAUCUCAGCAUACCGUCUGUGUUACUGAGCCGCAUUUGCCAAAGGCGCUCAGUUUGCUCUGUGUUUAACCGUGUAUUGAAAUAAAUUUUCACUAUGGCGCCAGA